AUGACAAUAUAUGAUGCAGCAUUUGCUGGAGUGAAGAAAAAGAAUGAAAUGGAUGUGGUUGAUUCAUGUGGGGAGCAGGAAAUUCAAAGAGAACGUGCCAAUAGGGCUGUUAACGGGCUGAGCUGCUCGGACUCGGCUCAAUCCCCACCUCCUUCUCCGUCUGCCCUAGCUUUCGCUCUCCCCUCUCUUUCCGGUGCUGCCAUUGUCUCUUCCAAAACCACCUCCAUCACUGAGCUGUCUUAUCCCCGUGGAACUCGUCGCUCAUCCCCUGCCCUAGCUGAGCUUUGUUGGCUAUUGGAAAGAAGAAGGGAAAUCGAAGAACAGAGAUCAGAACUGUGGAGAGAGUUACUGGACCCGGCGGUGAAAGAGACGCUGAAUGUGCUCCGCGCAGCGAAGGAGGGCGGAGUGAAGCGGAUGGUGGUGACAUCAUCGAUCCCGGCCAUCAUCCCUAGCCCUAGCUGGCCCGCCGACAUGGUCAAGGACGAGAAUUGCUGGACCGACGUCGACUAUUGCAAGCAAAACGAGAUUUGGUAUCCAGCUUGGAAGACUUUGGCAGAGAAGGCAGCAUGGGAAUUCGCCAAGGAGAAUGGAUUGGAUGUAGUGGUGGUCAAUCCCGGCACGGUGAUGGGUCCAGUCAUUCCACCGAGCAUCAAUGCCAGUAUGGCCAUGCCGAUCCGACUUCUUGAAGAUACCUUUCACCAGGUCAAGAGGAAGCGUGAUGAGAGAAAAGAGGUGUUUAAUUAUUGAAUGAGAUUGAAAUUGGGCUGAUGUGAAGAGGCAGAAUUCGGGCUAGGCCUAAAGAGUAAGUCCUAGUUGGGCUGGUCUAAUCACACCAGAAUACUGUUCGAUUUUUGGAUUCUACUGGAGCUACAGACCUCGGUUUCAGGUGUUGUUUAGCUUGUUGGAAAGCUAAGAUGUAGUCCAAAAACUUUUAUGAAGAACCCAAAACCCUGUUCUGCCAUUUUGAAGUUGAAAAAUUAGCAGAAAUGGAGAAGUCCGAAUCUGUCCAAAUGUUUACUGCGACCCAGACCAUAUUUCGGUUUUCAGCUUGUAUCUGGAGUUCUAGAAGCCAGAAUAAAGCAAGCCUAGGUGCGUUGGAAAGCUGAGAACGAGAUCUAAAAUUUUCAUGAAGGGUCCAGCUCCAAAGUGUGUCUUUUUGGUGCUCUAAAUACAGCUGAGAGUCGAGUAAUAAAAUCAGCCUCUAGAAUUCCGGAUUUCAGCAGUAGAUACGGGGGAAAUCUGUUUUAAAAUUCAAAAAAAAGGAGAAUCGGUUGGGAGAAGAGGGGGAUGGCCAGCAGAUACAAAGGGGAUGGCAAGCAGAUAAGGAAGAAGAAAACUUAGAGAAUCUAGAAUUCCGAGAGGAGGAAAAGCUAGGAAUUCUAAGAGGAAAAAAAAAGCUAGAAUUCUGGGAGAAAGAGUGGAGCAGAGGAUUUUUGCAAAUACAGAGUUCUUUUUUUUUCUCUGAUUUUUUUUAUUUGCUGAAUUGUUAUCAAGGAUGUUGCAUGCAAAUUUAUGUUUGAGAAAUAAUUGGAUUGAUUUAUUAGUUA